AUCGCAGAAGCAGCAGCAGUGGCGGCGAGCAGCCAAGCAAGCUGUACGGCGGUGGUCGCGCGAGCCAGCAGUCCGUGUUGUACGCUGGCUUGUCGGACCGCUGUGUGGAGAGAUGCUACUACUGUACUCCGUGUAGUCCCAUCGUCGGGGGAUCAUCCGGCCAGCAGCAACGGAUAUGGACGGCCCGCAGCGCGAGCCGACGAUCGUUUGCGGAUUCCAGAGGCCGCCUGAACUGGACCCGUGAGCGCGAGGGGCUCCCUUUGAUAUCGGGCGCCGCUCGAGCGUGGCCCAAACAUGUUGCUCAAAGAAUACAGGAUCCCGCUGCCCUUGUCGGUCGAGGAGUACCGAGUGGCGCAGCUCUACAUGAUCGCCAAAAAAAGUCGCGAAGAAAGCAAAGGAGUUGGCAGCGGGGUGGAAAUCAUGGUGAAUGAGCCCUACACUGAUGGACCGGGAGGUUCAGGCCAAUACACCCACAAGAUUUACCACAUCGGGAGCCAUUUGCCUGGCUGGUUCAAGGCCCUGCUGCCAAAGUCGGCCCUCACUGUGGAAGAGGAGGCCUGGAAUGCGUACCCCUACACCAAGACUCGUUAUACGUGCCCGUUCAUCGAGCGCUUCUACCUUGAGAUUGAGACCAAAUACUUUGGCGAUGCCGGUGAACAGGAAAACGUGUUUGAGUUGUCUGGGGCAGAACUGCGCAACUUACAAGUUGAUGUCAUUGACGUUGUGAAGGACCAGCUGACUGGUUCAGACUAUGUCCGUGAAGAGGACCCUAAGCUGUAUGUCUCUGCCAAAACGUCGCGUGGUCCCUUGGACGACGACUGGCUUCAGGCUUACCUUGACCACCGGCAGUUGGGGACGCCGGCGCCCCCACCUGGUGAUGGGAUCAUCAUGUGUGCCUACAAGCUGUGCCGGGUGGAAUUCCGCUACUGGGGCAUGCAAAGCAAGAUUGAAAAGUUCAUACAUGAUGUAGCGCUGCGCAAGACGAUGCUGAGGGCUCACCGGCAGGCAUGGGCCUGGCAGGACGAGUGGGUGGGGCUCACCAUGGAUGACAUCCGGCAGAUCGAGCGCGAGACCCAGGAAGCCCUGGCGCGCAAGAUGGCCGCCGACCAGGUCAGCGAGGAAGGUGAUGAGGAAGAAGCCCUGGCCCACUCGUGCUCAGCCGCCUCCAUCCCCAAGGUCGACCUGAAUGUGAUAGACAAGGACAAGGAAGUGACCGUCGGCGAGCCUGCGAAGCCUGCCAGCCGGACGCGUUCCAAAAGUCGCAGCCCACCACGCCUGGCUCGGGAGCCCGAAGCCGAGUCGGCUGCGCCCCUGCCAGUUGCCAGCCCGAAACCUGCCGAUGGCAGAGGCCAUGCCCAGGGGCCCCGCAAGUCCUGGGUCCGCAGCAACUCGAAAGGAGCCCUCCAUUCGCCCAGUGGAAGCUCCACGCAAAGCUUUGACCUGCAGCUUGCCAACUGGAGGAUGGAGAGUAUUGUCCGUGAAUCGGACAGCAGCUCCAAUGACGAGUUCUUUGAUGCCGAAGACAUCUGUGGUUCAGAGGACUAUGGCUUUAGUCCAAUGACAAAGUGGAGUUCCCUAGAAAUGGUCUCUUCAGAAAACGAGAAAGGUGGAAUUUUCGGUGGCGCAUCGACACCUGAUGAGGACAGCAUAUUCAGUGCCUCUCACAUCCGGCGGACGCACGCUGUGAGCUUUGGCCGGUCGGCGUCCACCACGGGUGCCUCGACCUCUCUGUCGGAUUCUCCGACGGCAUCGCCGGGGCACCAGGGAGGAGGAGUAUCCGCGACACCCUGUCCAACGUCUGUACUCGUGCUUGUCCUGCAUGCUGGCAAUGUGCUGGACUCUGGUGCUGAGGGCCCCACCCCAAAGACCGCUGACUUGGCCACCUUCCGGGCCGCCAUGGAUUCGGCCAUUCGGCAGCACUACCCGACCAUGCUGGGCCGUGUCGCCUUGCGCCUCGUGAGCUGUCCGGCCCCCUGUGCUGAAGCCUUGGCAGUUCUCUCCAACCUGAGUCCCUACAGCUUUCAGGCAUCACCGUCGGCAGUCGAUGGGGGUGCUUUCCGCCAUCAGGACUCGAUACCUCUGGGCGCCCUUCCUCUCUUCGCAGUCUCCUCUCCCGAUUACCCAGACCUCGUUUCGCGAACAGUUUGUGCGGCCAACCAAGCCUACCACGACUUCCUCAAGUCAGAGCAAGGGCAGGGUUUUGCAGGACAGGUUGCGCUCAUUGGCGACAGCGUUGGCUCCAUAUUGGGAUUCGACGCGCUUUGUCGAGCUGCCCAAUUGGGCAGUCGUUAUGGCAGCGAGAACAGCAUCAACGAAGAGACUCCAGGUGCUGCCCCGCGCCCCAAUCCGCUCAUCUCCAUCAGCGACGGCAGUGGCAACGAAGACGCAGAGGAUUCGGGUGGUGCUGCGGCGGCGGCAGCUAGCGGUGGCGGUGCCUCUGCUGCUCAGGGGACCCCUUCGCGCAGCUACCGCAAGUCUGCGUCCCAUCCACCCGAUGCCGCUGCGGCAGCCGCUACUGCAUCUGAAGUGACGGGCAUGGGCGAGGGAGCAGCAUCGUUCCACAGACUCCUGAGUGCUCCUCCUCCUCGACGUUCCAGUUCAUGCUCCAGCGAACAGGGGGGCCACGGGCGGUUCGAUUUCGAGGUGUCCGACUUUUUCAUGUUUGGCUCCCCCAUGGCACUGGUGCUGGCUUACCGCAAAAUGCUCUCAUUUGACGACAAGAAUGCUCCCUUGCCACGACCACAAUGCUCUCAGGUGUACAACCUGUUUCACCCCACGGACCCCCUGGCCGUACGCCUUGAACCCUUGCUGAGCGCUCGAUUUUCUCAGCUGCCACCUGUAAACGUACCCCGAUAUCAAAAGUACCCGCUCGGUGAUGGUCAGCCCGUCCACUUAUUGGAAUACCUGCAGAGCCACGCUCACAUCUUUGUGGAAGGGCUGCCCCCGUCAUCCUCUGGCUACGCCUGCAUGGGGCGGCGAACCAGCGAAGCCAGCAUCUCAAGCACUGUGUCGGGCGUCUCAGAGGCUCUGCCCCUCAGCACUGUCACUUCAUUGACACAGAAGUGGUGGGGCAGCCGACGCCUGGACUUUGCGCUGUACUGCCCUGAGGGCUUGGCCAACUUCCCGCCGCAUGUACUGCCGCACCUGUUUCAUGCCUCUUACUGGGAGUCUAUGGAUGUGGUUGGCUUGCUACUGCGGCAACUGCUUCGCGGAGGGUGUGGCGUCGCGGGCUCCCUUGAUGGCGGCGGAGGAGACGGGGUUGUUGCUGGCACACUCGAUCGAGACCUGGCACCCUUCGUGCCCGGACAGCCCCGUGAGAAGUGGCUCCGCAAACGCACCUCUGUCAAAAUCAAGAACGUGACGUCCAACCACCGGGCCAACGAUGUGAUCGUGAAGGAGGGUGAACCACAGGUGCUGACGGCACGUUUCAUGUAUGGACCUCUGGACAUGGUGGCUCUGUCGGGUGAAAAGGUGGACGUGCACUUGAUGCGUGACAGCGGCCACUGGACGCUGCUGGGCACGCAGUUGACCGACCGCAAUGGACGGCUUUCCUUCAGCAUGCCCAAGGACCUGGGACUCGGAUAUGGGCUCUUCCCCGUCAAGGCCAUUGUCAGAGGUGACCACACAUCCAUCGACUUCUUUCUUGCUAUUGUGCCUCCGAAGACUGAGUGUGUCGUGUUCAGUAUCGAUGGGUCUUUCACGGCCAGCGUCUCAGUCUCUGGUCGAGAUCCCAAAGUCAGAGCUGGAGCUGUUGAUGUAGUCAGGCACUGGCAGGAGCUGGGCUACCUGAUCAUUUACAUCACGGGGCGGCCCGACAUGCAACAGCAGCGGGUGGUCUCCUGGCUCGCCCAGCACAACUUUCCCCACGGCCUUGUCUCUUUUGCCGAGGGACUCUCCACCGAACCACUCAGGCACAAGCUCAGCUACCUACGACACCUGCAAACACACGCAGAGAUCGUCUAUCACGCUGCUUAUGGCUCUGCCAAGGACAUCGCAGUCUACACUGCGCUUGGCAUGACAAAAGAGCAGAUCUUUAUUGUUGGAAAAGUUUCCAAGAAACAACAUUCCCUAGCCACGGUACUCUACGAAGGGUACGCACUUCACCUAACGGAUUUGAAGAGUCCCGGCCUGCCGCUUUGCCGGCCGGCCCAGGGCAAUGCCCGCAUGGUUCUGUCACGCGGAUGCUUUGGGCUGCCUGGCCAGGGUCUCUCUGGUCCAGCUGGUGCUCUGAGGCGACGGCGCUCAGCCAAGCGAACAACUUCUUACCCGCUGUCGGCCUCACCAGCAUCCCCCGGCCCUUCCUCCACCUCCGGUGGGGGCCUCAAGACUGGCUCCGGCAGCAGUAAAGUGUGAGCGCGUUUUGUCGCCGCGAUUCGCGGCCCACGGCAUCUUCCUCAUCACUUCAUCUCCGUAGGUUUAAGUGGGACCUCACUUUUCGUGCACCCAAAGAGUUGUGGCACCUCUUGGGCUAGGAAGGACGAUACCCCGGUGCACAAGACCGUCACCCAACAUGUCACAUCACCGCACCGCCACGGUUGUUUUGCCUUUCCACACGAGCGACAUCUGUAGGGUUCACCAUCGCCUUUUCGAAAGAAUCUUCCCCUGUUUCAGAAGAAAAAUGAGUUUGCUUCAAUACUUACCACAAAGUGUCACUCCCGUGGAACGACGUCUGCGCUGUUACUUGCUGCGAGUCUGGGAAGCAUCACUUGCGACACUUGGCUGUGUAGUUGGACGUUGGUCGGAGAGAUUUGUGCGUCAGUUUUUAGUGUGCUAAAAGCUUGCUUUUAAAGUUUUUGAUCAGGCAGCUCUAGAUAGCAGGACCGGCAUAGUUUGAGCUUUGGCUUCUGCAAGCUUUACGGAUAGGUGAGAUGUACAGUGAAAAAGAUGCCUUGCAAGUGAAAUGAGCUGUGAGUUGAAUGUCGCAUUGCCGACUGCGCUGCAACACCAACAGAUGACUUUACGCGAACGGAAAAGCGCAGAGUGACGCACGGCAACUGCAACCAACUUCGACGACAAGAAGUGUUGCUGCACUCGGCCAUCAUGAUUCGUUCACCAUGUGACAGUUCCUCAUUGAGAAGAUAAAGGGGUUCAGUGUGACGUGGCACCAUUUUUCUGCUAACUGUCGUCAAUAUUUUCAAGUUAGGAACAUUGCACGAACAAAGGUGGCGUGAGACGAGAUGCUUACGCAUAGCAACAGUUUAUUUGUGUGUGUACCGUGCACCGCUUACUUUCUUUUUGUGGCUUUCUCAACGGGCUCGAUCCAUCUUGACAACAGUGAGCAUUGUCACCGUUCCUGUUUCAUGACGUCUCAGCGAUGCUUCGCCUGCACGAAGAUGGCGGGAAGGAACGCAUCGCUCUUCAACGUGUGGUAUGGAACAAAGGAAGAGGAGAACCCCACCUUCUUCACUGUAGGUUGUGAGAUGACCAUGGUUCGAAGGCCAAAUGCCACAAACAAAAACGCUCUGCGAGCGCUCUACGUGUGAUGCCUAGUGGUAUAUGGUCUCUUUGAAGCUGUGUCGUUGCCUGCAUUGGUGUAGUUGGCAGGGAUUUUUUUUUUUUUUUUGCAGGAAGGUGCUCAGGUCACACUGUGUUUCUUAUCCCCCCCCCGCCCUUCCACGUGUGGCCUACUUUUAGUGCAAAACGUAGUUGAUACGUGAGUAUGGUUGUUGACCUUUCGAGAAUGAUUUCUUUUUUCUUACCGCGAGAGGUGUGCAUGGUCGAGUGCGGCACGUUGAGUUGAACCUCACUGAGCAGCCUACCUAAGUGUUACGCGUGGAGGAUUGUAGAGAGCUUGUUGUACAAGAGGUAUGGUAUGUAUCGGUAGCAUUCUUACAUGGAUUUACGGCUGCCAGCUGUUUCGAAGAAAUAUUUUCUGUUGUUGGCUGUUACAAAAGUUACCGAAAUUUUAGUAAUUUAAUUACAUAUAGAGGAAGGUUACUGUAGGUUUUCUUAUUGCAUCAUGCUAGUCAUUAAUGGCUAAAGAAAAAGAGAGAUUCAAGUUAGCAUGGGUAUAGAAAUACGUGUAGAGAAUGUUGGCAGGAUAGGCUUAUCUCCGUGUGCCUGUCAAUGCUGUGCGGUAAUUGCAAGCGCUAAUGGGCAAGAUGAAUAACCAAGAUAGACUUGUCUACUCACUUGAAAUGCCCACAGCAAACUCAGAUGCUUGUGCGAUCAACUUCGGCUGGUACCAUGGUCACAGGAUUGGGGAAAAAAUGAAGCACUUACUAUCUCCCAAGGCUUUCUGUAUUAUACCCUUAUGCUCAAAUGCUGUUUAUUCAGAUGCAGCGCUGCGCAAUGCCAAAUGCCAAGUGUUACAAAGGCACACUUUCUUUGCAGGCCUAUUCUAAUGUUUCUUAUUUUGCAUGUUUAACGCCACGAGUUGCUUAGGCAACAUGACCUUCAUAUGCUCUAACCCUAAAAAAAAAUAUCUAGUCACUGCUUUGAAUGAAUAAGAGGCUGUUAUCCUCAUUAAUGCAUUCUUAACUUCAUAUGCAGCACUUAUUGUUACAACCAAACACGUGCAUUUUUUUGUUUUUAAUGUUUGCGUACAAAGCAUUCAUGUUUGCAUUGACACAUGCGCGCCAGCAUACCUUACAUGUAAUGCGGAAAUGAUGGGUGUUGGAAUAUAACAGUGCGGGGGCCAACGUGGAAUGGUAUUUUCUCAUGUGGUAUCACCCACAUCAGUAAGCACUCGUUGAGUUUGCUGCGUACGAAUGCUCAUUGUUCACAAAUUUCAUUUUGUGUCACACUUGGGCUUCACGGCAAGCUAUGCAGCAUUGUUCGCAGCUUCAUAGCAACACACUAUCUGUUGCCAUGAAGCUGCACUGCUCUUCUGAAGAAAGCAACAUCAAGGGCAUCAUUCUUUUUGAUGACUCAGGGUACAAAAUAGUUUUCUUCUUUUUUUUCAUGUCUGUGGCAUGCGGCCAGUGUUGUGCACAGCUUUUUUUUUAUAUAUACACAGAUUAUUGGACCGUUAAGCGCUAGGUUGCAUAUGAGAAAAUAUGGCAUUUCUGUUUUUCAUAAAGUUAGCCGACUCAUCUUUUCACUCUCAAGCUUAAUAUUAGAAGCCAGGUUUCUCAAGAGACAAAUUACAAUGACCAAUUUUUUUUAGGCCAAUUGUGUUUUCAAUUUUUGUGCAUAAGUAUUGCCAUGGUCCUAGAAAUAUGACUGAACCGGUACUACACCAUUGCAUGUUUUUCAAGGGUUGCCGUAAACACAUGAAGUGAUUAAUUGAGCAUUAAUGCCAAACAAAAUUAACAUCUAAUUGCUCAUUAAGGCAAGCACAUCCGAAAUAAAUUAGUGGCUCGAUUGCACUUAUUUCUUGGAGGUAGGAUUGGUUUAUAUGUGGCUUGGCCAUUAACUUCCUUGGCCUGGCUUUUUACUUGAAAAGUCAAAAGCUUUUAUUGGACUCCUGCUCACAACAUGUGGGAUCUGCAAGUUUCCCAUGAACAUGGAGAUUAACCCUUACUAAAGUACUGUAGUUCCUCACAUAUAAUCCACCCGUGCAUAAAUAGCCCACACUCCCAUCUACACUUCACGAAAAAAAUUUGAAAAAAAAAAGAUCCCUGCAGAUUGUCGUAAAGAGCUUCGAGCUACCUUUUCUGCAUAGCUGUGCAGGAUUGACGUGAAGCCACCUUGCACACUGAAAUUUGCGUAUAAAUUGCAUCUCAACCUUAACUCUGAAUUCUCUGUACUUCUCUGCAGGUCAUAUGCAAGAAAAUACAGUAUAACGUCUCUAGGUUCGUGUCAUUCCUGCACAUCGCUGUGUGUCUUUGCAUUAUAAGCCUUGAAAACGUCAGAUUUGUUUCAUUUCCUAGGGCUGAAGAACAUGGCUGAGAAUCUGACUGCGCUCAUAGAUAUUGGAAAACAUGCCUGCAGUCGAUAUUCAGGCUACUGCGAACGCUUGUAGGUACUGUCAUCAAAUAAUGGCACCAUCUACAUUGUUGCUAGAACUGCAAGCCUGUUUUGAGUAGAAGAUUUUACAUAGCUCUUCUUGCUGUAGUAUGUGCUCAAACAUAACUGGAUGCGAGUAUCUAUUCAUGCAAUAUGCCAUACUUUAUUUUGGAACGCACUUUAUGCAGCUAACAGUUAAAGGAAAAUUUGUGGUUUCUGGGAACGCUGAACAAGUGGAAGCGUGUUCGCCUUCGACAAAGCCAAAAGACAGCCUUUCUUUGCACCGUAACGGAGUGCUUUCAUCUUCGUUGAGGUGUUAUGUUUGUUUCUUUGUUGCAUUCCUCAAAUAUUGUUUUAAAAUUUUAUGUGCUGUCUUUAAAUGCAAAAGAAAUAAGUCAAUGUAGCACUUGUUUUUCGCAUCUCACUUUGUUUUUUCACGGUUGUGAAUGUAACCCAUGGGUGUUUGUUCCUUUCCCGAUGCGGGUGUUUAUUAUGUUGUUUUUUCUGGCUCUUCCUUUUCGCAAAGCUACUACAUAUUUUGCGUAACAGAACCCUUACGUGCAAGUAUUAAUAGCAACCUGACUGCCAUGACUUUUUAGCUAUGCCUUGUGCCACAUGUCCAAUCAAGAGACCACCAUAUGUACAGCACUUAAUGUUUUAUUUUCUUUUUUUUUGUGUUUUUUAAAUGUUUUGUUUGAGAUCAACCUUGUUUACGCGUUUUAGAUUAGUUUAUUGUUAACAUGAUUACAAGGGUCCUAGGGCAUCAUGAGAAGACUCAUGUGCAAGCAUAAUCUUUGCAAAACUUGAGAGACAUUACGAUAUAUUAAUUGCUUUUAUUUUUUUUUUCGCUUGUUUGAUAUGUUACCCACAGUCACGAAAGAUUACGCAAACAAUGAAAUGCCGUUUUUGUUUAUUCAGCAAUGCUGUCAUGGAAAAUGCCUGGAGCUGUGAAUUUAUCGUCUUGAUUUAAUGUACAAGCACUAACAUGUUCAUCAGUUCAUGUAGCUAAGAUCACUCCUUUUUUGCUGUUCACCUGCUUGUUAAUUGUAAGUGUACUCAUGUGCAGUGUGUACGUUGACUCCCUUACACAACUCUCAUGGCAGUUCUUUUUUUUUUGCUGGUACAGGGAUCCACAACUAAAUUUCUAGUAUGUUUCUUGCCUCAUGGAUGGAGUGACUUUAAAGGCACAUUCGGGAAGGGUCUAUCUUCUCCAUUAAUCAUGAUUCCUGUGUUUAUUUGUAUAUAAGCUCGUCACCUACUUUCAUCACAGAAAAACGGGGAGCAAUUGGGGUGUUGCCGAGGCUGACGUCACAGGGAAAGCUGAUAUACUACAUGUAAGAUACAAUAUCAAGGGAACAGAAAGGCCAUUUUGUUACAGUGUUCCAAGAGUGGCAGGACCAGUAGCUAGGGUGAUUUGCCUGAAAGUACAGCGAUUUAUAGGCAUGUUUAUCUGAAGUGAAAGGAGAAGGGGUGACAAGUGUGGCAUCUUUUGAGGGCUUAAGAACUAAACUGCAUAGAACAGUUGACUACUAUGCUGGGUGGUAAGUAUUCAACGUUAUAGAUAUGACUUCAAAAAAAAAAAAAAGACUGAGGAGAUAAGUUCUUGUUCUUGCAUACCCUUUUUUUUUUCUUAGUUCAUCUAGGCUGUAAGCACCUACUGCAUACUAUAUGUAUGAGGAGGUGAUUAUCGUACUAUAUGAUUGAAACCCAAGUUGACCAUGACUCUUGGAUGGUUCCUCAAAAUGGAAACCCAAGAGAAUAUAUUCACUUGAGGACUAAUUAACAUUCAUUCUAAGAGGAUAGCAGAUAAUUGGAAGAUUAACAAUGUUUAGUUGUUUAGCAUUUUCUACGUCUGAGGGACCGAGGCUGCAAUGAAUGCCCCGAUGAGUGGUUCCACCUUCAACGUAGAUGCCAGUAUCAACUGAAAUUUAAGAAUGGUCAGUGGCAUCGAUGCACACGGUAGCAUAUAGUCACACCUCAAUAUGAGCCCUUGAUCACAUCCAGAAGUCAGCGUAUCUAAUCGGAAGAAACAGAUGGAGCAAGCCCCUCUAUGAAUAUUCAUGGGAAUAUUAUACUGAAUUGUAAAUAAUACCGCCCCUUAUUUACUCACACUACAUCAGACAUCCGGAAAUGAGGACUCUUAAUUUUGAAGUAAUCUUCGAUAAUGAAAAUUACUUAAACAUAAAUUUUGAACUUGUUUGUGGCAGAUGUGGGUCGCAAUAUUGUUUGUAAGUGCUUCAGGGUAAAUAAUGUUCUCCCCUGUCCUAGUUAUUGGCACUCGAAUGACACAUAGGAUCAGGGGAAGAUGAAGGCUUGAAAUGGAGAAGAACGUGAAAUUUCACCGGAGCCAUAGUUUUAACAAGUCCUUUUUUCAAAAUCUUGGAUCCAGCAACAUUUCCUGUUUAACAAUUUUUCACCAGUUAAAGGAAAUACUUCCGGAAAAAAAAUAUUUGGCGGAGGGAUAUCCUAGGGAAUUCGAAACAGCAUUAGCUGGCCCCAUGUUUGAUAUCGAAACUCCCCAAAUUUAUGCUGUGCCCUCGCAAUUGUUUGACCUUGUGUUCUUGUUUCCAUGGUCAUCCUAGUAUAUUCCUAGCAUGCCAUAUAGAUGAACAGGUUGAGACGUGCAAUAACGAGCAGCUGCUGCCGUGAAGCCAAAAAGAAAAAGCAAUUUCAGUGUUUGGCAUAUUAUUCAAACAUACGUAAGACCUUUUUUUUCGUUUUAUUGUUACUGAGAACUGCUUUUGCUUGGGACUGCUUCCUCCAGUAGAUAAAUCCAAAUUCAUCCUAUUGCAUUGAUUCGGGACAAAGUGGGCUCUUGAACACACUCCGAGAUUUUGUUAUGCUAUACACCAAUAUGUUAGGGACACAUUGAAAGCGGCGCUGUAGAAAAUGCCACCUCAGUUUCUUGACUGUAUAUUUUCUUUAAGUGCAUGUCUGAAUUACGUGUCUUCCUUUGUCGGUGUUUUUAUAAGUUUCUUUUUUUUAACCUUGCCUUGUCUUCUGCGUUAGAUGCUCUUUAGAUGCUCAAAUGAUAUUGUGAUAUGAUGUUACGAUGCCUUUCCUGUUUGCUUCAGUACCAACAACCCAUGACGAGCCACUGUUGAGUAAUGUUCCCUUGACACUUAUGGCUGAACUGUCGUAAUUACAAAACCACUGUCUAAUACAGUCAAACCUUGUUGAUAACAGCUUUGCCUCCAACACGAGUACUGUUGUAAAUUAUAUAUGUUGCAAGCACACAUUGGUUGCAUGCUGAUGUUGGUAAGAAACAGUUCAGAUUUACUUUGUUGUAUCUGCUAAUAUGUUAAAUCUGCAUUUGCUAUGCUGAGGUUAACUGCAUUGCAAUAAGUUAACUACAGAUAACUACAUUGAGAUAACAGGAGGCUGUCACAUACAGAGCAAGGUCUGCAGCUUUGUUAGCGAUAACUUUGUCUAGCUAGAGCACAAGAAAUUUGCAUUUUGACUUUUGCGCCUGUCACCACACGCUGCAUGGAAUCAAUAGUUUGAUGUUUAUUUAGAUAUGUUUUCAUUGCCCAGACCACAUGGGAAAUAAUUACAGGGUCUACUUUGUGGUCAUGGAUGAAUGUGCAGAAAGAUUACAAAAAUAUGCUCAUUGCCUCUGCAAUGUACUAAUGGUGGGUAAUGCAGUGCUUCCUUGCGAUGCAGCGUCUGUCUUACGAAAUAGUGUGGCAUUUACCUCAUAAUGACCACUGAGGAACUGAUGUGAAUGUUGUCGGCUCUUCACUUCGCAUGUCUAAUGAAUCGCUUUUGUUGAUUAGUUUGCUUUUGACAGGCCUAGAGCAAAAGUGGCUUAAGUGGUGGGCAUUACUGUCUAUAGAGCUACCGGUCAUGUAUAGAACUCAAGGAUAGAACUUAUAUGUUCUCUUUGUUGGUCUACGUGUGGUUGGCUUCAGCGAUGCGGUAUUGUCAAGCACACGUUCGCGUUGAUUGGUCGGCAUUCUAAAUGUUGCUGCAGUUGCCUAAACGACAUCUUAUCCCCCCCCAGAAUGACCCAAGAAUGUUACUGGUUAGGCGAGUUGGAUCUUUUAGACUGCUCGGUUAAAGGUAUGGUGAGAAUUUAUGGUUUGGUCCACAAGACAGUCUUGUUACGUGUAGGAAACAAUGAGGACAAUCGCGUAGUGAAGUAAAGCAGACUGUGUGUAAAGCUGCUUUAUUUACAGGACUGUCGCUAUGUCUCAAAUUGUAUUCAGUAUUACAUGUGUUGCCUCUUUCGAUUAAAUCAGUAACCUGUUGCCAGUGGAUAUUCAUGUGGGGAGAGUUGCUGAAGCUGCCUGUGCAGCUACCUGUGAGGCUGCUCUAUCUCAAUUGUUAUUAGAAUGAGGCUAAUCGUGAGCAAAUAAGUAUGCAACGUGUCUUAGAUACACUGAUAAAAGGCACCAAUUUAGAUUGCAGCAUAAUACGGUACUAUUAGUGUGCCACAAUUAGCACUAGGCAGAAAAAUUAGUGCGCAUGGAUCUUAAAGGUGCUUCGGCGGUAUGGUGCAAUAUACACUGUAGCCACCACUGGUAGCUCAUAAUUGUACUAGCACGCUCGUAGGAGUACUAGCCAAUCGAUGCUGCGGCUGCAAGGGCAUGUACAAAUAGCUGCACACUGUUCAGUAUGCACGCCGUGAUGGCGACAUCUAUGGAAGCGCCACGGUUACUCGUAGCACAGGGUGGUCUCCAAGUUGACGUGACGAGUGUGUUGAGCGUUCUGACGUUCGACAACCCUCAUCGCUCUGAGUGACUUGCCGUCUCUAGCGCCAGAUUCUCGUGCUGGCUUUCUAACAAGGUAUCUUUGUUCUGUGCUGUGUUAAUCUGUUAGUGUCGAAGCUGUUACCCGUCGAUUUCACUAAGGUCAUUCCCAAAAAUUU